AUGGCAGAAUAUGGUGCCCUGCAGAACUCUCUGGAUGACUAUUAUCUGACUUACUCGGGUCUUCCUAGCCUGGCACACACCUGCUGGUCUUAUAGGAGCACAGCCAUCUUCUCACCUGAGGACCUGGAUGUCUCCUAUGCUCGGGAUGUAACCGAAAAUCUUGCUGAUCUUGAGGACGAGGAAAAUCAAGACAUCAUCUGCUCUAGCAUGGAGCAGCUGGUGGUAGAAGAGAACGAAGUCCACCUGGACACACUGGAUGAAUGUUAUCUGGCUGCUUCUAUUGACCAUUAUCUGGAAGGCUCCUGUCCUCCUUCUAGGAGGGUCUCCUUCCCAACAGAGAAGAGAGAAAUUUUCUUGGCUCUAGAUGUAAACG